UGCCCCACCAUGGACUUCUUGAUGAGUGGUCUGGCAGCCUGCGGGGCCUGUGUAUUCACCAAUCCCCUGGAGGUUGUGAAGACCAGGAUGCAGUUGCAGGGAGAAUUGCAGGCGCCUGGCACCUACCAGCGUCACUACCGAAACGUCUUCCACGCCUUCUUCACCAUCGGCAAGGUGGACGGCCUGGCUGCCCUGCAGAAGGGCCUGGCCCCUGCACUUUUCUACCAGUUCCUGAUGAAUGGUAUCCGACUGGGCACCUACGGGCUGGCUGAGACUAGGGGCUACCUGCAUACCGCUGAAGGCACCCUCAGUCCUUUCCGCAGCGCAGCAGCUGGGGCCCUGGCAGGGGUCAUGGGAGCCUAUUUGGGGAGCCCCAUCUACAUGGUGAAGACACACCUACAGGCACAGGCAGCCUCGGAAAUUGCCGUAGGGCACCAGUAUAAACAUCAGGGCAUGUUUCAGGCACUAACCGAGAUUGGCCAGAAACAUGGUCUGGUGGGGUUGUGGCGUGGGGCUUUGGGCGGCCUGCCCCGAGUUAUCAUCGGUUCCUCCACCCAGCUGUGCACCUUCUCAUCCACCAAGGACCUCUUGAGCCAGUGGGAGAUCUUUCCUCCCCAGAGCUGGAAGGUGGCUCUGGCAGCUGCCAUGGUGAGUGGCAUCGCAGUAGUCCUGGCCAUGACACCCUUUGAUGUGGCCAGCACAAGGCUCUAUAACCAGCCCACAGACAGUCAGGGCAAGGGCCUCAUGUACCGAGGAAUCUUUGAUGCUCUUCUGCAGACAGCCCGGACAGAGGGCAUUUUUGGCAUGUACAAGGGUAUAGGUGCCUCCUACUUCCGCCUUGGCCCCCACACCAUCCUCUCCCUCUUCUUCUGGGACCAGCUGCGUUUCCUCUAUCAUAAAUACACUAAAUAACACCUACUCUCCCACACUCUACCAAAUUUGAUACUUCUUGGACACUUCUGCCUCCACUACUAUGUCCUGUUGAUUACUGACCAUGUGACUUUUUAUCCAUCCAAGAGGGGCAGCCAACCCCGCUCUCUAUCUGUUCUCUCAGGGUUGAAUCAAAAGUAGUAAGUUUCCCUCCCUUCCUUGGGUGUUGCUCUAAAUCAACCUACCUAUCCCCCUGUACACUUCACACCCCUUUCUCAGGGCUGAACCAGUCAUUUCAAAGUAUAUUGCUUCCCUCUUUCCACUGCCAUCCUUGGGUCCCUUCUGCUCCCAUGCACAGCUUUAAACUUCCCCCUCCAAGACCAAAGGGAACUGGGGGGACCCAGGUGUCCUGUAAAGUUCAAAGGCACAGAAAUUAUAUUGGUUAUAAAGCAAGUUUAUUUCUGCAGAGAAGGUGUGUCUUGUGUUUAUGCACAGGGAAGAAAGAAGAAAAAAUCAAGGUAUUCAACCUCUUUUUUUUCCCCCCUCCCAGGACUGGGUCUCUAAGUCUUCAGUAGCAUCGUGCAGUGCUUUAGCAUUUUUACUGGGGACCAAAGAUGUUGGGAUCAUGAAGUGUCAGACUGGUCACCAGCUGUUCAAAGUCACCCAGGCUCCAUGGUGGAGUUGACAGAUUUCCAGGUCCAAGAGAUGACCUGUUGUCAGGGCUUAGGGGUGGGGGAAUGGAGGGAGAAAGAACAUCAUUCAGGACUGACUGAGGUAGACAGUUCCCAUCUCCUGUCCCCAGAGGACUCAGGUAUCUGUGUCCCCACCCCUCUGGCCCAAUUCUGCUUCCUUGAAGGACCCCACCAGCCAAUAUCCAGCUGUACCCCACCCAGCUUAAUUCUCCAAGUAUGAGACUUGGGCCCUUUCUUUCUUCCUUACGGGGGCUGAUUGAAGGUGAGCAAGAGAUCAGUCUGGUACUGGGGCAGUCUCAGCAAGGCCUGGUUCAGUGUCACAUCCUUUGCUACCUGGAAGGAUCAGAAUCAGGAUGUUUACCUGGAUUCCUAAGGUCACCCCUCCCCUUUCCAGGACAUCCAAACUCCCUGGCCCUCACCUGCUGGUUUUCCUUAGCUACCUGCUGCUUGCCAGAGAGGACCCAGGCUUCUUGACAGUAGCCCCUCAGGGCCAAGUUCUCUAAAUUGAGGGGCUGCACAGACUCCACUUGCACAGCCCUAGCCCCCUGCACCCCGCCAACAUCCUCAAAAUGGUACCUGGGGUGGGAGAGCAAGAUGGG